AUGGUUUGGAUCUAUGGGGUAGGGGACUCAUUCGGGCAGAUCUACGACUCAGCCUACGACCUGACAGGUCUCGUGACCGGCGCUGACCAGAAGGGCUUCGUUAUCAUCUACUUUGCCAUGAUAUACUGCGUCGGGAUCUUUAGGCUUGCUUCCUCUCCCGCGCUCGCGGCCAGCGACUGGUCCUCGACUGGGUGCAGAAGCACAUCACCGGGCUCGGCGGCGACCCGGACCAAGUCACCAUUGUCGGCGAGAGCGACGGCGCAACCGGAGUCGGUCUUCAGAUCACGGGUCACAGAGUUCGGGCAGAAGAAGCACCCUUCCAGCGCGCAUAUGACCGCGUGGCACGCCAACGUGCCCAGCACCGCGAAUUAUCUGUUCGCCCUCAACCAAACGGUCUUCCGAUCCUGGUACGCGGCCGCCAAAAGCUCCUACCUCGGGGUCUCGCACUUCAGCGAGAUUCCCUACGUCUUCAACCAGGCGCAGAGCGAUACGCCCCGUACGCCACGGCGGCCGAAAGCCUCGUUUUCUCAGAAAUAA